GUGGCCAUUAUCAAACCCUGUUUGGCUUCGUAUAGAGAGAAACGUAACUUCCGUCGCUCUCUUUCCAAGAUCUGCUUACUCAGAGGCACAGCUCUUUCCCUCUCUCUCUCUCUUUUUCCACUUUCUGCUCCCAAAAUUUCUCUCUAUCCUCUCACCUCCUGCUUCCUCUUACACACGAAUUAUUAUUAGUUGUGUUUGUCAGCUCUAAGUAUCCCAAUACUUCUAGCUAAUUCAAUUUUAUGAUCCACAUUCUGCUUCUUGUUGGUGAUGCUGCUCGAGGCCAUGCCUGUAGCUACUAAGAAUUUUGAUUGUGAUCACAAUCGCAUCAACAUUGCAUUCAACAAGUUGCUGAAGCAGAUAGGCAACCCAGUUGAAUUUGAACUUCCAGAGUGGUUUAAUAAAUGCAAGCCGACACCCUACACCUUCAUAAAGCGCAAUAUAUAUCUCACCAAGAGAAUUAAAAGACGUCUUGAGGAUGAUGGCAUAUUUUGUUCCUGCGGUCCAUCGCCAGGUUCUUCUGGUGUAUGUGAUAGAGAUUGCCAUUGCGGGAUGCUACUGUCUAGCUGCUCUUCAGGAUGCAAAUGUGGUGAUUCAUGUCUCAACAAACCAUUCCAACACCGACCUGUGAAGAAGAUGAAAUUAGUACAGACUGAGAAAUGCGGAGCUGGGAUUGUGGCUGAUGAAGAUAUUAAACAAGGAGAGUUUGUAAUAGAGUAUGUUGGUGAAGUUAUUGAUGAUAAGACCUGUGAAGAAAGGCUUUGGAAUAUGAAACAUCGUGGAGAAACAAACUUUUACUUGUGUGAAAUAAAUCGUGAUAUGGUUAUUGAUGCCAGUUACAAGGGAAACAAGUCAAGAUACAUAAACCACAGUUGUUCUCCUAAUACUGAGAUGCAGAAAUGGAUUAUUGAUGGCGAGACAAGAAUCGGAAUAUUUGCAACUCGUAAUAUUAAGAAGGGCGAGCAUCUGACAUACGAUUAUCAGUUUGUUCAAUUUGGUGCAGAUCAAGACUGCCAUUGCGGUGCUGUUGACUGCAGGAGAAAGCUGGGGGUUAAACCCAGCAAGCCUAAGAUGUCAUCAGAUGCUGCUUUAAAAUUAGUAGCAUGCCAGGUGGCAGUGUCCUCUCCUAAACUGAAAGCAAUUUUAUCUGGAAAAGAUGUUUACCAGAAUGGAGGUUUGCAUGUAGGGAGUUCUCAACAUGUUCAUAGCGACCGACAUACAUACUCGCGUAAUUGCAUUGGCGAAAUGAUAAAAUUUUUUCGUCCACUUAAUGAGAGGUGGCAAAGGACUUCUCAUAGACAAAUGUUUUCUGGGUGUUGUAUUGAUUGUAUAAUGUUUCGUGCUCACAGAAAACAUGGUCGAUCUUGCACAGAGGGCGCAAGAAUGUUGUUGUGGCAGAUUUAUCAAAUGCAAUUCUUUUCUUCAUAGAAUAAGGAAAUAGGAUCUGUAGUUAUUAUCAGCAGAGCAUUAGUUGUAGGGUAGAGUUGGGAGAGGCUGAUGAUUAAGAAUACUGUAAUCCAGCAUCAGAUCCCAUUGUUCUGAUAUGUGAUUUCUCCUUGCAUUGUGAUUUUAAAGAGUCUUGUGUUGAUUAUGGCAUUUGCAAGAGAACUUGAAGCAUCAUUGGAGUUGUGUCACAUGCUUAAGAAUCAAGUCAACCAGGGAGAAACACUUUCCUAUUCUUGUAAUAGCAUUAUGGCUAAUAACACUUUCUCCACUAUGAUAUAUACAUAAUAUUUUUCUUUUUUUUUCUAA